AUUGUUCCUUUCCUCUUAUUUCUAAGGCUUAUAAUGCAAAUGGAAUGGUUCGAAAAAACAUUACGUACAUUACCACACAUAAAGAACAACAUGCAGCAACCGUGGUACAUAUAGGACCAUAACGAUAUUUAUGAUUUGUUGUAAUUCGAAAUAUGGGCUAUCCGAUACGCACAGUAUUUUGUUUGUUUUGUGCCAAAAACCCAUACAAAUCUACGGCAUUAAGAACUCAAAAGCAAUCACUAAGCUAAAGUAAACUGUUUAUGGUGAUGUUUCGGUAGGGGGCGCGGGCUGCUGGUCCCAUAAAAUAUUGCGCAGGCCCAGUUUACGCCUUGCAUUUCUUGAUUUGGUGGACUGAUUGGAAGAGUAGCUCUGCCUGAUUGCUAUUUUCUAAGCAUCUGGCACACUAAUCGGGCAGCGCCAAGUGGGGUUCAGUCAUGUCAGCACCUGCUAUGGGGACCACGAAGACGGCUCACAGCGAUGUGGCCCCGAAGAAAAAGAGGGGACCGGGUGCCCUGGCUACGGCGUAUCUGGUUAUAUAUAACGUGGUUAUGACAGCUGGCUGGCUGGUCAUUGCUGUGGGCCUGGUGCGGGCCUACCUUGUCAGAGGCAGCUACCACGGCCUGUACUUCUCUAUAGAGAAACCCCUGAAGUUUUUCCAGACCGGUGCACUCUUAGAGAUAUUGCACUGUGCAGUGGGGAUCGUUCCAUCCUCUGUGGUUCUAACGGGGUUCCAGGUGUUGUCUCGGGUCUUCCUCACCUGGGCUGUGACACACAGCGUCCGAGAGGUCCAGAGUGAAGACAGUGUCCUGCUCUUCGUAUCGGCCUGGACCAUUACAGAGAUCAUCCGCUACUCCUUCUACACCUUCAGUCUGCUCAACCACCUGCCCUACCUCAUCAAAUGGGCACGGUACACAUUCUUCCUAGUGCUGUAUCCUAUGGGAGUGACAGGUGAGCUGCUGACCAUCUAUGCAGCCCUGCCCUAUGUGCAGAAGACAGGUCUCUACUCUGUCACUCUACCUAACAAGUACAACUUCUCCUUCGACUACUACACCUUCCUCAUCCUCACUAUGGUCUCCUACAUUCCACUGUUUCCCCAGCUCUACUUCCACAUGAUGCGUCAGAGAAAGAAAGUCCUGGCCCACGUGGAAGAGUACAAAACAGAGUAAACACAGCAAACACAUGGCAGACUGAUCACAUCAUGCCACGGGGAGGAGGCUUGGCAGACUGAUCACAUCAUGCCAUGGGGAGGAGUCUUGGCAGACUGAUCACGUCAUGCCACGGGGAGGAGUGGAAAAAGACGAGAUAACCUUAAAAAAAAAGAAAAAACAUGCCUGACCAAUUAAAUAUGUCUGCUUGUUGAAAUACCAAGAAACUCAACUCUUUUUCAGAUCAAGAAAAUAACAUGGGGAAUGGGGAUGGUCGAUCUAACAAUGGUUCUUGCUAAUCAGUUGGUUCGGUUUUGGGCUGUUGCCUGGCUAUUAAGAUGCUCUUGUCAUUUACAAUAUACCAACUGCUUUUCGUUUUCUUUGUAAGUAAAUGCAGUUACCAUGUUAUCAAAAUGCUACUUACUCAAAAACUGUUUUGUAAAUGUGAUGAUGAUCCAGUUCUGUUGCACUGGCCCCUUUGAGAGGCAGCAUAAUGCUGUGCUGUUGCCUGUGACUCUGGUCAUAAUGUGCUGAAUGCACUGAUACAAUCAAUGCCCUCUUCUCUCAUAGUUCAGUAGAAGACAAACACUAGAACCCCCCCUCCCUCCAUUCUAUCACUGGUUGCAUCCCAAAUGGAAGCCUAUUCCCUAUAUAGUACUAUUUAGGGAAUAGUGUCAUUUGGGAUGCUACCAUGCUUUGUGCUCUAAUGAAUAGUUGUCCUUUGUUAGGAUGGAAGGAGGGUUCCAUAUUUGUCUGACUCAACGGAGGACUAUGCCUGUUUAAGUAAUUUAUUUCUGCGACUCGAUUUUUCACCUGCAGAACUUCUGAUCACAUUCCAUUUGGUGUAAUAAAGCUUUUCUUUAUUCUGUGCUUUA